AUGUCUAAAAAGUCCUCUGCCAGCCGCGAGCGCAAGAUGUUAGCUAAGCUAGGCAUCGAGGAGAAGCACGAGUAUCUACAGAAUUACCUCCCCUUGUACCGCAAGAUCUCUGAUGCGGUGAUUCCUCCACUUCAACUGUCGCUAGAGUUUAUUCAUGGAGGGACCCACGACGAUAGCAGUGACCAUAGUGACGCUCAAUCUAGGUAUAUGGAUGCAGACGACGGCAAAACAAGAAAUGGGCAUAACGGAGAGCGGCAGAACAUUGAGCCUCACGAGGACGAUAGCUUCGAUGUGGCCAUGCCAUUGGGAGAGGAGCACGCCUCAAACUCGUUCCUCAAUACGUUGACCAUGGCCAAUGUGUACGCUGGUGUGGGCUCACUCAAGAACUUGAAGAACCUAUUGAGCGACCUUUCGAACCCGAGCUGGCUCGAUCACAAGGGAGGUCGUCUUGUGGGUUACUCAAUGUACAGCAGCGAAUCAGAAGAUGAAGAUGAGGCUGAUCACGAUGGGUCUCUGGGCAAGAACGACGAUACGGAGAGGGACGACAAAUAUGCGCUUUCAGAUAAACCAAGCCCAACGAAGAAGACUGCUCAAAAGCCAGCACCAACUAGUACAACUAUGGCAUCUAGUACCACCGAGGCAUCCACGGCAACGGAGGCAUCUAGCACCACGAAAUCGUCAUAUACUACCAAGGCGUCUAGCACGACAAGUGCUGCAAAAGCGGAUCCCACAGACGUUGAUGAAGAAGAGGACGCAGCUGGCUGUGCCCAACCCAGCACUACAGUUCCACUUGUCCUUGACGAAACGAUCACCUUACAAGACUCGACGGCAGAGUCGUUUAAGCCCACUCUCGAGCCAGAGCCACCUAUAGAUGCUACAGUAGGAACUGGAUUCCUUUAUGAUGCGUUCGAAUUGCCGCCAGAAUCAGAUUGGACGCCUUGGCAACAUUCAGUCAUGAAGAGGCUUGAUAUAACACCAUUGAAAGAAGUGGUUUUAAUUAAGUUUAAAGAACAAAGCCCGUCAAAAACUGAUGUGGAGCUGAGCAUCCGCCAAAAGCUUACUUGGAUCAUUGGCGACCGCAUGAGGAAAACCUUUGAGCUCAAGUCCUCGGACACUUUUUAUGCUAACUUCGACUCGUGGCUUCUACGCGACGUGCUUUUACAGGGACAAAUUAUCCUAUCUGAGGACGCAGUCUGCUUCUACUCCUUGCUUCCUGGUACAAUGGACCAUCAAUCUGAUCAACAAGAGAACCCUGAUCUAGCUCUCUACGAGGGAACAUUAGGCAUGAAAGUGGGUGAAGGGCUCCUUUUGUCCAACACCCAUCGAUUCUGGGCUGUGUUGAGGCCAGAAACGUUGAGCUUCUACACAUCAUCAACUGAUAUGUAUUUUCCUGAAAAGGUCGUUGACUUGAGAAAUGCUUUGUACUGCGAGCUUUCUAAGGAUCCAGCGCAGCCAUCUAGUCCUCCUCCAGGGUCCGCUGAAGGGGUGGCUUCGCCGAAAUCAAGAGGGUCGUUCUCUCGUGAUUCCUUUUAUCUCUCGACGGCUAGCAUUCUGCCUUCGCAACCGGGCUCAGAAACUUCCAGUAUAAACGAAGCAGAUCUCGAGGAAGCUUCUGAAGAGAUGCUGACAGGUGUUUGGUUUAAAGUUGUCUGCACUAACAAGACUUAUCGUUUCCAAGCAGGUAGCUUGUUUUCUGCACGCCACUGGUAUAACAGCAUUACGAAAGCGAUCUUCCAACUACACAACUGUAAUGCUCGCCGAGAAGUUUUGCACAAAAUUCCCUUCACCCAAAUUGUGGAAUACCAGAAAAACUUUGUGCUUGCUGAUGCGAUGACAGGUGCAGAUAACAGUGAGGAUAAUGAGACUCCAAUAUCAUUUUCCAUCAAGUAUGUCUCUCCACACGAGCCAGCAAAUUCGAAGUUUAAAGGCAAGUUUGAAGUUGGGAAGCAAGGUCCUUACGAGACCGUACAUUUCGUGAUGUUUCAUAUGGGGAAGGACUUUGCUGAUACUUUUGGAAACUUGUAUGAUAAAAAUAAAUCUCAGAGGCACGAGUCUCAACGUACAUUGAAUCAGAGAGUCAAAAGAAGGGCGAAAAUGGUGUUUAAUGACGAUGUCCCAUCAAGUUCACAGAACAUGCCUUCACUAACCACUCUUCAACCUGAUUAUGCGUCAGCAAAUUCGCUUGUCGACAAGAUUGCUAAAGUGAACGAUCGUAUCAUUCAAAAUAAACUCAAUGAAGCCUCAAGUUCCGGGAAUUUUUCAGAUGACGAGAUCUCAACUUCUGAAGGGAACGAGAGAAUCAGGAGCAUGGCUAAAUUACUUGGAAUAAAUAAGCUACCGAAAAUCGAGUGCGAAAGCUCGGGCAGCUUGAGUCCAAAGAGUAUAAGAGCUGCGUGGGAAAGCCGACAAUCAAUAAGCGAUGCAAUAAAUAGUCCUCUCCAAGAGGACGGGGUCUUUUUGCAAUUACCAAAGCCGUUUUCAUUGAGCACAUUAAAGAAUCUCAAUCUAAACAUGAUUUUGAGUAAAAGAAGUUUCGCUGAUAUUGAAAAAAGACUAAUAGCUAUGGAUGAAAGUAACCCUCUUGAGCGUUCCAACACUAUGACCAACGUUACUUUUACAGAAUCAUACAAAGAAUUUGCGGAAAGUAUCAGUGAACUUACCAUCAGUGAUGGGGAUAAGAAGAGUAAGCAUGAGGCGCCGAAGAAAAGUAAAUUUGAUACGCUUAAAAAGAAGGUGAAAACAGUCUCUGGUAUGGGCGGCGUAUGGUCUGCGAAUCCAGAUCACUACAUCAAGCUUGAUGACGUUGAAGAUGAUAAGUAUUACGUGAAGAAUGCAAGUGAAAGAGAAAAUAACGAGAAGCGUUUCCGAAAGCACUUCUCUCUCAAUUCGGACUCCAAGCUAGUCGCAACGUACCAUUGUCAUCUCAAGCGAUCAAUUCCAGUGUAUGGAAAGCUUUAUCUCGGUAGUGACAAGUUAUGUUUCCGAAGCUUGAUACCAGGAAUAUCAACGAAGAUGAUACUCCCACUCAAAGAUAUUGAGAAUUGUGCUAAUGAGGGCGGCACAAACUUCAAGUAUUCUGGUCUUAUUGUUACGGUUCUGGGAAUGGAGUCUUUGAUCCUAGAGUUUGGGUCGCAAAAGAGCAGAAAUGACUGCCUGACAAUGAUUUUGCAACAAUUAGAGAUCAUUCACGCCGAUGAGUCCUGGGCACCAAAGGCUCAUGAAUGGGGUGUGGCUGCAAAGUACAGGGACCCUUCGCAAAAAGAAGACAUGAUAAUGAGAUCAAAUCAUCAGCUGAGAGAGCGUGAUAUCGCCUUAGCUAAGGCAAAAAUCCGUAUCGCUAGAUUAAGACAUCUCGAAGAUAGAAUCAGCACAGCGUCCGGUAUUGAAUUCCCUCUUAUCUUUGAAGACUCGUUGUUUUACCAAACGGAGGUAAGACCUGCAAAGUCAUACAAUAUCACCUUAUUGACAAUUGGUUCAAGGGGUGAUGUUCAGCCUUACAUUGCUUUGGGAAAAGGUCUCUUGAACGAAGGACAUUCUGUCACGAUUGCCACGCAUUCUGAGUUCAAAGAUUGGAUUGAAAAACAUAAUCUUAUAUUUAAAGAGAUUGCGGGUAAUCCAGCUGAACUCAUGUCAUUGAUGGUUACUCAUGGCUCAAUGUCUGUUGGGUUUAUCAAAGAAGCAAGUUCAAAGUUCAGAAGUUGGAUCACCGAGUUGCUUGACACCAGCUGGACUGCUUGUCAAGAAGCGGACAUUCUUAUUGAAAGCCCCUCAGCAAUGGGAGGUCUCCACAUUGCGGAGGCACUUGGAAUUGCCUACAUGAGAGCCUUUACAAUGCCAUGGACACGUACAAGGGCUUACCCACACGCUUUCAUUGUUCCGGACUCCAAACGUGGAGGUUCGUAUAAUCUUUUAACACAUGUCAUGUUCGAAAAUGUCUUCUGGAAAGGUAUUUCAAGCCAAGUGAAUAAGUGGAGAGUCGAAAAAUUGGGUCUUUCUAAGACAAAUUUGUCUAAAAUGCAACAGUAUAAAGUCCCUUUCUUGUACAACAUCUCACCCUCGAUAUUUCCGCCAUCUGUUGAUUUUCCGGAAUGGGUGAAGGUGACAGGCUACUGGUUUUUAGAUGAGGGCGAUGCCAACUAUGAGCCACGUAAAGAAUUGGUGGAGUUUAUCAAUUCGGCGACACAGAAUAAUGAAAAGAUUGUGUACAUCGGAUUCGGUUCUAUUGUUGUCAGUGACGCGAAAAGCUUGACCAAGGCUGUUGUUGAAGCCGUGGAAGAGCUGGGUGUGAAGUGUAUCUUGAACAAGGGAUGGUCUGAUAGGCUUAGUAAAGACAAAGGUGAGAUCGAGAUAGAGCUUCCACCACUGAUUUACGAUUGUGGCCCUGUCCCACAUGACUGGCUUUUCCCAAAGGUAGAUGCUGCUGUACAUCAUGGAGGAUCGGGAACAACGGGUGCUACACUCCGAAGCGGUACUCCGACAAUAAUUAAGCCUUUUUUUGGAGAUCAGUUUUUCUAUGCCUCCAGAAUUGAGGACUUGGGCGUGGGUAUUGCGCUUAAAAAUUUGAAUCUGAAGUCGCUUACCAAAGCACUCAAGCUGAUCACCAGAGAAACAAAGUAUAUGGAGAUGGCUAAAGCGGUAGCACACUCCAUGGAACACGAAACAGGAGUCUUGACAGCCAUUGACGCAAUCUACUCCGAACUCGCAUACUCCCGUUCGCUUAUGCUUACAGUUAGAUAUAAUACCGAAGCCAGAAGAGACGACAGAUCUGGUAUUCAGACACCCGUUGUUGAUGAGGAAGACUACUUUAUGGAGGACGAUGAUAGCGAUGACGAUAUUAGCGACGAUGAAGAUGACAGUGAGAUGAGUGAUCAGAGUGAGGAUGAAUGCAGUGAAUCUGAAUCCAAGAUUAACAAGAAGAAGACGAAAUUGUGCCCACUAAGCUCGAACAGACAGAAAGAGAAGAGCACAUAA